UGCGCGCGCAUGCGUGUGUGUUUGGGAGCAGCUUAAAUACACGAUCAGAAUCAUUUUCUUCCUUUUAUUUUGCUACUUCAUUUGGAGAAAUAAGAUAAAAUACAGGAUUAGGAUAUGAAGACUACUUUAGGUUUCUUGUUGAUUUUACUAUGCAUAGUAAUGUUAACUGCUGGUCGUCGAUUUAACAGGUCAGGCAAAAAACAAAGUUUAUUUUGUUCACACGAUGCUGAUUGCGACUCUGAUCAGUUAUGUCGGCGAAUGUUCCGUGAUUGUGAAAUACCCAAAAAAUGUUUUCCGGCAACAAAUAUUGGAAAUACGUGUACAAGAAAUUCCGACUGCUGGGAUACGGAUCCAAUGUUUCCAUGUGAUGGUACCCGUUGUCGGUGUCAGGACGGGGUGUGCACAUGUGGAGAGUGUUUUACUGAAGUAGAUCAACGUUGCGAACCAACUCAAUCACAAGCAGGACGUACAGGAACCUCAUUUCAUACAGGGUAUAUGUUCUCAUUAAGCACUUCCUCUGGCUCCCAAUAUUUGUAUAUCUUGAGUCCGUGUGCAAACGUUAACAUUACCGUUCCAUUUUUAUCGAUACUUGAUGAACCACAUGAGGUUAUAAACUCAAAAGUAAUUGAAUUUCCCCCCACCCUUCAAGUGAAAUCGGAUGGAGUCCCUUCAAAUAAGACCGUUUACAUAAAAUCAGAUAGCCAAGUAACUGUCUACUGGCUAAAUUCUAAGACGAAUUCUGCGGAUGGGGGACGCAUCUUAUCGGACGAAGAGUUAGGACAAGAAUACAUAUUAGCAAGUGACCGAUCAGGAAACACCAGACCAGACAGAUUUGAGCAGUUUCUUAUAGUAUCCUUACAAAAUGGUACAUCUGUACAAAUUGAAUAUUCUGACGGUUCUCAAGAAACUAUUUCAUUAGAAGCAAUGGAAGCUUUCAGGAAAAAAGGUACCGAAUUUUCAGGCACCAUUGUCACGUCAAACGAACUGAUUGCUGUAAAGUCAGGUCAUGAAUGUUUUGUAGCUGAUGGUGGCCGUUGCGACCUCAUGUCAGAACAAAUUCCUCCGGUAUCUUCUCUCGGCUGCAUUCACAUUAUAGGAUACAUGAAGCCUUUCCUAACUUCAUACGUGAGAAUUGCUAUUCCUUUCGACCAUACAGAUGUGACCAUUUUUGACGAGGACGGUAACGUGGUGGAUUGCCUUGUAGGAAUGUCCCGUGGUGACACCUUUGUUAAAAGUUAUUCAAAUGUCGCAUUAUCAGUUAUAUCAACGGAAAGAGUUCUCGUUAUCCAGUAUGGGGAUGAUUAUGAAGAAGAUCCUGUCCGAGAUUCUUCUAUGAUGCAAAUCUUGUCAAUUGACCGCUAUGUUUCGACAUAUGACUUUUACGUCCCGGAAAAUUUCGAACAGGCCAUAUUAGAGAUAAUUAUUGAAUCCACUUUAGAUCCUACUGGAUUAUUAUUGGAUGGCAUGAUGCUGAGCGUAACAGAAACUGUCUCGGCAACAGUACCUGGUUAUGGAACAUAUGAUAUAAUCUACUCAAACGUUAGUCCUGGAAGCCAUACGUUAACUCAUGCAGAUGUUGCCGUUUAUACAGCAUUUGUGUAUGCAAGAAGAGUGAGGGCUGAAUAUGCAAUUGUGCUAUAAAAAUAGAAAUUUGGUAACCGGAAUGGAGCUGACCUGUGCGAAAUUCUUUUAGUUAUAUGUAUUAUAGGGCUUAAUGAAAGCGGGUGUUUUUUAUAUUUGACUUACUAUUAACAUAUUGUUACCAUUAUAUUUUGAUCGUAUUUUGAUAUGUGGAUUAUGAUCAUAUGUUCUUUUGUUGUUUUUUUUUUUUUAUUGUAUAAUAUUCAUUUCAUUCAUUCUAUCACUCAUAGUAGGCCUACACGCAUUGUUUGUUCAAUCAUAUUUCAUUCCUGUGGGGAACUGUAUAACUCUUAAACGGUUUGUUUACAAAUUUAUUUGGGAUAUUAACACAAUAAAGGAUCAGAAAUAGUA